AUGCCCUCCCGCCGUGGCCAACGCAGACGAACGCAAAGACGACCGAGCAGUUCAAACAUCAGUGUGGCCGUUCCGAGCACUAUUGCUGAAAGCCCGCCGCCGCCUGCUGUUCAGCCUUACACCGCGCAGUCUUGGCUGGGCCCCCAGGCCUUAACCCAGCCUAUACCAGCACCUGAUCCGCUUCUCGACCAGUCCGUACAAAUCGGCGACCACGAAUCUACACUGAUCGAGCUGUAUUUCGCCAAGUUUCACCAUGCUCACCCCAUCCUGGUACCGAAACUUACGUACUGCUCGCUACCCCUCCCGGACAGCUUACGUGCGGUUGUUCGCUUCAUUGGCAGCAUUCUGGCCGCAAAUAUGGGCUCCGAGCAGUACAAACAUGAUGCUAUCUAUGCUCUGAAGCAGGAUCUCACGUGGACGCCUUAUCGGGUGCAAGGACUGCUGCUGUUCGCCAUCGCGUUGCAUAGUAUCAACGAACAGGCGGAGGCGCAGUCUUACCUUUCGAACGCAGUGGAUUUGGCGAAUGUAUUGGGAAUGAAUCGCUAUGGCUUUGCUACGCAGCACGGCGAGGGAAAUGCAAUGCUAGAAGAGAGCUUUCGAAGAACUUGGUGGGAAUUGUUCUUCAUCGACGGAAUGUUUGCUGCGCUUCAGCAGCGAUCCUGGUUUCGCUGUAACACAGUGGAACUGAAGGCUGGACUGCCGUGUGAGGACCCUGUCUUUCUUGCUGGUACUGGAUUCCCAACGGCGCCCACACUCUCUCAAUUCGACAACAGGGUGUUCGAAGACGAGGACAUCAACUUCUCAUCAUACUGCUACCGCACAGAAGCCGUACGGAUACUCGCUCGGGUACUUGCCAUAGCCGAAGAUCCCGACGUGGAGAAGGAUGAAUUCACAGCAGUCGACAACGCUCUGGCGGGCUGGAAAUACCAUUUGCCUCCCUGCAAAGCUGACAUAGCUCGUACAGUGAAUGCGGGUGAGCCGGAUGAGCUGAUGUUUCAAGCUCAUCUCAUCAUCAACAACGCCACAAUCAUGCUCCACCUUCCUCGAAGUAACCUGCGCUCUAUCCAUCCGCUGACGGCAGAAGCAACAUGCUGUCCAUGGUCGAGACCUCUUGCGCCGACAUUCAGCCAACAUAACCAUCUCAUGAAAGUCACCGCCGCCUCACAAGGCCUGUCCGAUCUCGCCGCUUUACGAUCUAAUCACGACCACACGCCAUUCCUCGCUUGUGGCUUGAUAAUGGGCUCUCUCGUGCAACUCAGCAUCUGCUCCCUCCACGCAUCGCACUGCAUCUCGCAGCACCGAGAGCGCGUGAUGCUCAUGAUUGGCGUUCUGAAAGCACUCGGCCGGGUGUGGCCACUUGCUCAGCUGGGUCUCAGCCAGGUUCGAACGUACGCGAAGGAAGUGCUCCAGCGUCCUGUGGACACCAUGGCUGCUCCGCUACCGAGCGAGCCCAUACUGGAGACGCCAAUGAACGGAGGUGCGGAUGGAGAGACACACGAAGACUUCACACAGAUUGACAUAUCUUGGAUGGACGAUCUUUUGCAGCAGCCGAUGGGAGGCCUUCAGCCGAACGGUACGCCGCUAUCGUACGACACCUUUCUGAACCUGUGA